AUGACUCCCUACUUUGACGUCUCCCAUCUUCCCUCCUCAACGUCCUUCUACUCCGCCAUUUUUCAAUCUCUGGGCAUCCACUAUAUAUCUACGGAUUCCCAGACCGCUCCCCCGGACGCCAACGCCAGCGCCAACGAAGGCGCCGACACCGACUCCAAGACGGCCAUCACCACUUCAGGUCCUGGCAGACUUCCCAGCACCGUCACAUACGGUAUACUGUCCCCGCUCACCCCCAUUUUCCAGAUCCGCGAGGCCCGCAAUUCCAGCGAGCCCCUGAAGCUCUCUCGCGCCGUCUUUUCUGCUCCCUCCCCCACCGCUGUCACCGACUUCCACGCCUUUGCCGUCCGGGCCAAUCCGAACCUGCUGUCCAGCGUCCCGGCUGAUCACUUCACUCGUCCCGCUUUAAUCACUCAAAGUGGCGAUAUCCACCGGGCUACUGUGACCGACUUGGACGGUAACACCAUGGAAGUUGUAUAUCAACCCCCUCCCAACUAUCCUCCCUCCUACGCUGGCUCUACUGUUCGAAAGACACAGUCUACCACGGAGGAGGCUGGCCGUAUUCUGGAUUGGAAUUACGACGUUGCAGCAUCCGAGCCCCCCCCGCCGCCUUCUGUUUCCGGUUCCGCUACUGCCGGCACCUUUUCAUCAGUCUUCGCCAUGGCCGCUCGCUCUGGGUCAUUUCCCGGUAACGAACCUCCUUACACAAUGCUUCGUCGAAGCGUCACCACCUCGGUCAUCGAAUCGCCAACCAAAAGAGACGAAAUCCCAUCUCAGCCCUCUCCAUCGAGCGGUGGCAUCGCUACAAACACCCUUGUCGGAAGUCUUUUAGGUGCAGCUGUUGGUGCCGCCGCCGGCGCUGCCGUCACCUACGGAAUGAUGCGCAAGGAACGUGCACGAGCUCCGCGCCAGGAGUUUGAUGGCUCCGGAGCCGCCCCUCCGUUUCAACGCCGUUCCACCUUCCCCGAUCAAUAUACCGAUCCGCAGGCCGGACGUUAUGUCGAAGUCGAGAGGACCGUCGAGAAGAUCCGGUACCCAGAGGCUUACCCGGCACUAUCGGACAACCGAGCACCUCCCCAGUACAUGGCCAAGUACAGCCAGGUCGGCGCUCGAAGCCGUGCCGCAGAUGACCUGUACGACGACACCCGCAGCCGGCACUCGUCUCGCUAUCAGCUCGAAAGAGGCAGCAGUGUUCGUUCUCGCAGCCAAGCCGCUGUUCCCCGAACCGCCCCCCUUAUGCUCACUGAUUACGAGCACCAAAGUAACGCAGGCUCAAGACACAGCAUGGCCAGCAGGUCGGCCGUGCCCCGCACCAUCGUUGACGAUGCUGGAACCUACGUCUCAGCCCGAAGCGGGAGGUCUCAAUCCACCAUCCGUCCACCCCCGCCCACUGUUGAGACGAUAUUGGGCGGGCGGAGUCAAGCACCUAGCCGUGCACCCAGUCGCGCGCCGACUAUGGCCCCCAGCCUCGUCCCGAGCCGCGCACCCACCAAGGCGCCGAGCAGGGCGCCUAGCAGGCCACCGACUGUUGUGCGUAGCAGAGCUCCUACUGUGGCACCCAGCCGAGCCCCGAGCAUGGCACCCACUCAGGCGGCGCCGGCUACUGUUGUCCCUAGCAAGGCACCCAGCAGAGCACCGAGCAGAGCUCCAACCAGAGCUCCAAGUAGAGCUCCAACGGCGGUUCGAAACACUCAACCCGUCUUCGCCUACCCCCCUGCCACGCGAGCACCGACCUAUGUGUCGGCACGCGGCCCUCCUCCGCCAAAGAGCCGCAUUGACAGUGGUCGUAGUGCCUGGGAAGAUGACGCCAUCAGCGUAGCACCAAGUGAUAGUAUCAGCUGUAUCGGCAGCAAGACCAGCAGGCGUCAGUAUCAUUAA